AUGCGGUUACCGACAUACGCAGCUAUUCUCGCAACAUCAUCACUCCUUACUUCUUCGCUUGCUACACCCACACCCUCUCACCAGGGGUCAAUUGCGAGCUUGACAGGAGAUCGGAAUGUGGGGUAUAAAAGCUGGAAGCAGAAGCAGAAGGCAAAGGAUCCUCCCAGCACGAAGUACUUCCACGAGCCCGGAGGCACAGUCACGCUCGGCCACUAUGAUGCGCGGUACUUCAAGGAAGUUGUUUCAGACGAUGAGCGGAUCGAUACGCAAAAACACAUGAUCCGCGCCUAUUUGGCCUUUUUCCGCGAGAAUGACUUGGAUACCUGGAUAGCGCACGGCACACUACUCGGAUGGUGGUGGAAUGGAAGGCGUCUACCAUGGGAUACUGAUCUCGACACACAAGUCUCCGACAAGACAUUACAGCUACUCGGCUCUGUACACAACCAAACAAGAUACCAAUAUAUAUCGCACGACGGAACAACGCAACGAGAGUAUCUCCUAGACGUGAACCCGUGGAUCUGGGAGCGUGAGCGCGGCGACGGCGCAAACAUCAUCGACGCGCGAUGGAUUGACACACGCAACGGUCUUUUCAUAGAUAUAACGGGCCUGAGCGAGAUAUAUCCCGUCGAGCAUCCUGGGUGGUGGAGUUGCAAGAACUACCAUAUAUACUUGACUGAAGAAUUGUAUCCGAUGCGAGAGACUAUGUUCGAGGGCGUCCCGGCAAAGGUGCCAUACAACUACGACAAGAUACUCGUAGAUGAGUACAAGGAAGAUGCGCUCACCGUCACGGAGUUUGAAGGACAUCGAUGGGAUGCCCAGCUGAAACAAUGGGUGAAGACGCAACACACGCUCGACAAGGAAGAAGAGGAGCGUAAAAAACAAAAGGAAUUAGCGAGACUCGAGGCAGAGGAGAGGGCGAAGCUGGAUUAG